AUAUAUAAAAAACACAUUAUAUCUCUUUAAAUUUUGUAGUGAUAAUGUGAUAAAGUAUAAAUAAUGUAUGUUUCAGUGUACCUUUGAUGAAACAUAUUUAAGGUAUCAAGAUAAUACAUUUUAUUUUGAAGCAAAUAAUGUAUAUUCAAUGAUUUGUGAAUUAAAAUGUGAACAAGAGGAUCAAGAAAACAGAAUUUGAUUAAAUCGACUAAUUAUUUUUCGUCAACAAAAAUGAUUGUUACUAUAUUGCUACUAUUGCUACUAUUUAUUUUUAUUAUAUUGGUGUGUAAUUAUUAUGUGCAUUACGGAAGAAAAGGGAGACUUAUAAAUCUUAUACCAGGACCACGAGGUUAUCCGAUUAUUGGAAAUGUAUUGCAAUAUCUCGGUUCACGAGAAGAAAUAUGGAAGCUUGUAGUUGAGCUUCAAGAUCAGUACUAUCCAAUUGUCAAAGGAUGGCAAUUAUUUUAUCCACUUGUAUGCAUCCGUCAUCCGGAUGAUCUAGAGGUAAUAAAAAAUAAAAGAUAUUCGGUUUGUUCUGGUUUUUGUUAUUCCAAUAUUUUAUUAUAA